AUGACAGAUCCAUCUCCUGUAGGAACUCUAUUGUGCCACGGCCUGCGGUAUAUUGGGCAUCUCGUCACAGCUCAAGCACACGACCAGCCCAUCAUACUCUCCAGAGAAUUGUUUGGCAAGCCUUUUAUGUCUUCGCUGCCCGACAUAUUCAGGGCUAUCUGGGAGUCUCAGGAUGUAUUCCACGCUUAUCCAUCACUUACAUGCGAAGUCGAAGGGCAAAUUAUCGAUUGGCAAGACACAGGGUAUGUCGGAUCCGAUCCGGGCCCAGCUAAUGCAUGGCGUACGAUGAUGGCGGCAACAAUCCCAAAUGGAGGCGUAUCUACGCAAGUUGGCAAUCAUUUUACGAGUGAUCUCCGUCAACAGGGUUAUGUGUUCUGGGAUCAGGUUCGAAUUGCGGAAUGGGGCAUCAGCAGCAACAGCAUUGAUCUCCCUCAUUAUUCUGCGGAUUGGCAGCUGAGGUUACAACUUGCAAUGGUUAGCGCCUUGAAAUGGCGGCCACACUUGUAUUAUAAUACAGGCGUGGGUAGCUGGUGGUACCCAAGAGAAACAGCCCCCUAUCCUGUCGUCCGAUUGCCUCCGAGGCAGUAG